GGGACACAUUCAAGGAUAUUAAAUUCAUAACAACAGUUUCGAAUUGUCACCAAAAUGCGUUUAAAAUUUUUAUUCUUUUUCUUGACAAUUCACUUAAUUGAAGCCGACAUAAAUCCAGAAAACAACGCCUGUUCCUCAAUCGAAUCUUACCAUAUUGCUCAGAUGAGCAAAAAGUGUUUUUACAACCCGGAUGUGUUAUCAGAUGUUCCCACAAUGACCGCAAGACAUGGCUAUGAAGCCAAAACCUUCACUGUCACAACUAGUGAUGGCUACAUUUUGACCAUUUUUCGGAUUAUUUCAAACAAAACCGAACCUGUGAAUGGGCCAGUGUUGGUCCAACACGGAAUUUUGGGCUCGUCAUCGUCGUGGGUGGCAAUUGGGAACAGAUCACUUGCGUUUUAUCUAGUUGAUCGAGGGUAUGACGUCUGGUUGGGUAAUACGAGAGGUUCUUACUACUCCAAUCAACACGUUAAUUUAUCAGUGGAAAAUCCGGAAUAUUGGGACUUUGACGUGGACACUAUUGCAUCCAUCGAUAUUCCGACACAACUCAAGUUCGUUUUUAAUAACACCGGUGAGAAAAUCACUUAUAUCGGACAUUCGAUGGGCACUUCGGUCAUUUUUAUGUACGUUGCAAGCAAUUGGGACGCCGAUAAUUACGUUAAAGAAAUUAUCGCGCUUGCACCAAUUGCCUACCUUAACGAUAUCCCAAUAUUUGAGUUUGUGCGGCCUUUAGGCCUGUUUCUGGUCAAAAUUUUAGAUUUCGUCGAGAUCACCGGUUUGUUUUACCACGAGGAUGCAAUUCAUGGCUUAUUGACCCAAAUUUGCAAAAACACCGCACCUGAGCUGUGCUCUCUCCUUAUUAGCCUCACUUCGGGAAAAACCGUCCAGUUCCCACCUGACGACCUCUUGUUGUAUUACAGUUAUUGGCCGGGUGGCAUUUCCAUCUACAUACUGCAACAAUAUUUGCAAAUUAUUCAAAGCAAACAAUUCCAAAAAUUUGAUUACGGGCCGAAACGAAACGCCAAACUUUACGGUUCACAAACACCUCCCGUUUAUAAUUUAUCGGAAAUCAAGCUUCCGACGCAUUUAUUUUACGGAGAGAACGAUAUUUUUUACAGAAAAGAGAAUAUCGAACGCCUCUAUAACGAAAUCGGAAGCUCGGACAAGACCGCUUUUUCAGUUGGGACUGACGAGGAAAAGCCUUUCGACCACAUUGAUUUUCUCUAUUCUGAAAAUUUAAUUCAAUUUUUGUACGAACGAAUGUUUGAUAAUUUGUAGUUUGAAUUUGCAAUUUGGGACAAGUGGUGUGUUUUGAAAUAAAUAAUUUUAACACAAA